AUGGGGAUUUGUUUGAGCAAUCAGAUAAAGGCUGAGAGCAACUUUCAGACUGAUACAGGUUUGACCUCAUCUUCGAAAAUGGUGAGUGGAGAUGGGCCCGAGUCAAGCUACUCGAGCAGCAAAAGUUCCUCGGUAUCCGGGCCCAUGACUUCUAGAACAGAAGGUGAAAUACUUCAGUCUUCCAACAUGAAGAUAUUCACGUUCGGUGAUCUAAAGGCGGCUACAAGGAACUUCCGCCCGGACAGUGUCAUUGGGGAAGGUGGUUUUGGUUCGGUUUUCAAAGGUUGGGUUGACGAGCAUACGCUAACGGCAACAAAGGCAGGUAUUGGUUUGGUUAUUGCUGUUAAGAGGCUCAAUCAAGAUGGCUGGCAAGGACACAAAGAGUGGUUGGCUGAAAUUAACUAUCUCGGCCAAUUGCAACACCAUAAUCUCGUGAAGUUGAUCGGUUACUGCUUAGAGGACGAUCAACGGCUUUUGGUCUAUGAGUUCAUGCCAAAGGGUAGCAUGGAGAAUCACCUCUUCAGGAGAGGUUCUUUUUUCCAGCCUCUUUCCUGGAGCCUCAGGAUGAAGAUUGCUCUUGGUGCUGCAAAGGGGCUCGCCUUUCUUCACAGUGCCGAACCACAAGUGAUUUAUCGGGAUUUCAAGACUUCCAAUAUUCUGCUCGACUCGAACUAUAAUGCGAAACUUUCGGAUUUUGGACUUGCGAGGGAUGGGCCGACUGGUGAUAAAAGUCACGUCUCGACUAGAGUCAUGGGGACCUAUGGAUAUGCUGCCCCUGAGUAUCUAUCUACAGGCCAUUUAACGGCCAAGAGCGACGUGUACAGCUUCGGGGUCGUUCUCCUCGAGAUCCUAUCCGGUAAAAAGGCGAUUGACAAAAACCGCCCGUCGGGUGAACAAAAGCUUGUCGAGUGGGCAAAGCCUUAUCUGACCAAUAAACGACGAGUUUUGCGUGUCAUCGAUGCCCGCCUCGAAGGGCAGUACUCUUUGGUACAAGCAGGCAAAGCAGCUAAGCUCGCACUACAAUGCCUUUGCAUGGAUGCCCGGUCGAGGCCGAAUAUGGAUCAGGUCGUGACAGCUCUGGAGCAGCUGCAAGAAUCGGUGAAGACCGAGUCAAAGAAGGAUCAAAAGCAUUAUCGACGACCCACCAAGAGGAAGAAACCUAGCUCGAAAAAAGAACCCAAAAACUCCGACGAUCGGCUAGUUGGACCCUCCACCGAACAAGAUACCUUACUCGAUCGGGCCGCCGCCAGAACAGAAACCGGAGCACCUCCCCAACCCCCGCUGACCCAAAGCACUGAUCUCGGCCAAACACCAAACCAAGCUGCCCUCUCCAACCCAAGACCCACCAAUAUUCAACACAGGGCAACAGAAGCAAACCGAAGAAAGAGGGCUUACCCUUCCCCGGACAACUCACUGGAGAAGGCCGAAGUCAGCUGA